UUAUAUUUUAAGUACACCAUAAGUCUAUAAAAGGGUUGUUCACAACGUAUAUCACAACCAAACAAUUUCAGGCAAGACAUAAUCACCUAAUAUCAUUUUUUGUUUUGCUUGAAAAUCCACCGAGAACUGCCGAGAAGAUGAGUAGGACCACGACGGCGGCGGCGGCUAAGGGCAGAACCGGCGGCUGGGGAGGUUUGGGUUCCAUUAAACUUCUUCUUGCCAUUUGGUUUGUUGUCAGCAUCGGCAUUGUUGUUGGCGUGGAUGCAAGUGGCGGAGGGAGGUUGAAGGCGGUGGUCGUAGUCAACAACAAUGACUCUCCGCCGCCGCCAGAUUAUUUUUCGGCGAUGCUACCAAAGGGUGGACUGAUUCCGCCGUCGGCGCCGUCACCCGGUAGUAACCAAAACGGCGCCCCUCGUCUUCCACAUCCGGGCUCUCCGCCUAGCUAGCUUGAAGUAGGAC